GUGCAAGUCCUCUUCCAUCGUCCCGAGUCCCUGCUCCCGGGCCCCCUGGAUGAGUGACGCCUUGGUCUGCCAUGGAAGCUGGCCCUGCCCUGGCCUGGCUCCUGCUUCUGAGUCUGCUGGCUGAUUGUCUGAAAGCUGCUCAGUCCCGAGACUUCACCGUCAAAGACAUAAUCUACCUCCACCCUUCAACCACACCAUAUCCUGGUGGAUUUAAGUGUUUCACCUGCGAAAAGGCAGCAGACAAUUAUGAGUGCAACCGAUGGGCUCCAGACAUCUACUGCCCUCGAGAGACUAGAUACUGCUACACUCAGCACACCAUGGAAGUCACAGGAAACAGCAUCGCCGUCACCAAGCGCUGCGUUCCGCUGGAAGACUGCUUGUCCACUGGCUGCAGAGACUCCGAGCGUGAAGGCCACAAGGUCUGCACUUCCUGCUGUGAAGGAAAUAUCUGUAACUUGCCGCUCCCCCGAAAUGAAAGUGAUGCCACAUUUACCACAACGUCACCCAUAAAUCAGACAAAUGGGCACCGAGGCCGCAUGUCAGUGAUAGUGUCCUGCUUGUGGGUGUGGUUGGGACUCACGUUAUAGCAGCUCAAAGGCAUGUGUCGUAACGAUCCAUGGGGACUUGGAGGGUCCAUAAGUCAUGCAUGAGGCCUGACAGUAGUCACACAUGUGAAACCAUAACACUCACGGAUGUCUUCACGGCCAAGCACUUCCACUUACCACGGGGAACAAGCAUUGCUCCAAUGUA